AGGAAUGGAGGGAAAAAAACUGAUUUCUGCAACAGACACUCAGUACUCUGGUAUGCUACUCCAGUCUUUGAAUGAACAACGUGACCAUGGACUUUUUUGUGACGUUACUGUUAUCGUGGAGGACCGGAAAUUUCGAGCCCACAGAAAUGUUCUUUCUGCUUCUAGCACAUAUUUUCACCAGCUUUUCUCAGUUGCUGGGCAAGUGGUGGAACUGAGCUUUAUAAGAGCAGAGGUUUUUGCAGAAAUACUCAACUAUAUAUAUAGCUCAAAAAUAAUCCGCGUUCGAUCAGACUUACUUGAUGAGUUGAUUAAAUCAGGGCAAUUACUAGGAGUUAAAUUUAUAGCAGAACUGGGUGUACCUCUGUCACAAGUAAAAAGCCUAUCUGGUGGCAUCCAGGAUGGUACUUCAGAAACUUUACCUUCUAGCUCAGAUCAAGAGAGUCUUGAAACACAAUUAUCCCCAACAAAACAUGUGAGUCAACAUGUAAUUGGUGGGAUGCCUGUUAUAACAGAAUCAUUUUCCUUACAUGGUGAAGAAUAUGAAACUACAAAAAUUACAGUGAGUGAUUCAGAUGAUGAUGAUGAUGUCAUCUUUUGCUCUGAAAUUGUGCCUGCAAAAGAGCGUUCUCCAGAGACCAGUGCAGUGGCACAGAGCCAGCCUUGCCCAAAUCCUGCUGUGGUUUCUGACCAAACGUCCUGUAGCACUGGUGGAUCUCCCCCUCUAACUAGUAUUGCAGCAACUCAAAAACUCACUUCCUCUGCCAACCAACCAAGUCCAAACCAAACACAAACUAGUGCUGAAUCACUUGACUCUUCAGCUCCAAAGCAUUUGACUCCCAACAUCAUUUUGCUAAAUCAGUCUCAACUUAAUUCAUCAUUAAGUGUCAGUUCCUCACAUCAACAACACGUGUCUCCUACAGUUAAUUUGCUUGGGGAGAACCAACAGCCAUCUAAUAAUGAGUCUUUAGCUGAAAUGGAAACAAAUGCUGUUGAUGAGGAGGAAGACGAGGAGGAGGAGGAGGAUGUGGAAGAUGAUGAUAUCAUUAGCUCAUCUAGUCCAGGUUCAGUCAGUAGCAGCUCUUUGGUUCAGCAAUCUUCUCCCCCCAAAGUAGCGGCAUUUGAAGGAUCAGGUGUACAGAAAAAACAGGUUGUUACUUUUCCACAGGAAACGUCUUCCAAACCUGGAGAGUUUAAAAUAAAAAUCUCAGAUGUUCUUACUGGAAGCAACAAGGAUUCUUCUGUGGGUGUAGCAUCAAAACAUGUGAUGGAAGGUCAAAAGAUCAUAACUUUAGAUACAGCUACUGAAAUAGAAGGCUUGUCAACAGGUUGUAAGGUUUAUGCAAAUAUUGGUGAAGAUACAUAUGACAUAGUAAUUCCUGUAAAAGAUGAUCCAGAUGAAGGAGAAGUCAAACUUGACGAGAUGCCUAGAACAUCUGGUGAUGAUCCUGCAAACAGAAAACGUAUGAAGCUAAAACAUGAUGAUCACUAUGAGCUCAUAGUGGAUGGAAGGGUCUACUACAUUUGUAUUGUAUGCAAGAGAUCCUAUGUAUGUCUGACAAGUUUGCGGAGACACUUUAAUGUUCAUUCCUGGGAGAAGAAGUAUCCAUGUCGAUACUGUGAGAAAGUUUUCCCUCUUGCAGAAUACCGUACAAAACAUGAAAUUCACCACACUGGUGAGCGAAGGUACCAAUGCUUGACAUGUGGGAAAUCUUUCAUCAAUUAUCAGGUUAUGGCUUCACAUAUAAGAUCAGUUCAUAGUCAAGACCCUUCUGGAGAUACCAAGCUUUAUCGUUUGCAUCCUUGCAGGUCUUUACAGAUCAGACAAUAUGCAUAUAUUACUGAUCGUUCAAGCAGUAUACCUGUAAUAAAUGAGGAUGGACUUGUUUAUCGUGUUGGUGCAGGAAAAGAUGAUGCUGAAGGAACAACUUCUAAUCCUCCAACUAAGCCCAUGACCUGGGAUGAUAUUUUCAUUCAGCAGGGAAGUGAAUCAAUUUUUAAACAAAAUCUAUCAGAAGGUAGUACUGAAUUUGAGUUUGUAAUACCAGAGUCUUACUGAAAUGCUUUAAGUGCUGAAAAAGCUUCAGUAUAGAAAAGGUGCAACUGUUUUAAAUGAACUGCUACAAAUAUUGUAAAACAAAUUGUUAAAUGAAACAAGUUUACUUGUUCUACCAAGUCAUCAAAGGGUAGUAUUUAGAUGGAUUAUUUGUAGCUGCAAUUCAUCUGAAAGUUUACUUGAAUACAGAAUAAGAUAUUUCCAAGGAGCUGUCAGUGUUUUUUCUAGUUCAUUAAUUUUCAUUAAAAAAAAAAAAAGGAAAAUUAUAGCUUGACAAGGUACAGUUUCCUUAAAUAAUCUGAAACAUUGUUUUUCUUUUAAAAUAAUUGGGGUAUUUCCUGUACCUUGAAACAUUUAUUACAUAAACUUUUUCUUUCAUGUUAGCACUUUAAUGCUGAAUUCUCUUUAGAUGUUAACCCCAAGAUCACCAGAAGAUGUUCAGCAUAGCCCCUUGGAUAUGGCAUAAUUUAAAAAAAUCCCACUGCUCAUACAUUAACUCUGAAUAGUGUAUUACUGAAAGGGUCCAAACUAACUGAUCAAUUCGUUUGGAGCAGUGUAUUUUUGAACCAGCAUCUUAGUUUUGUUUUUCUGGUCAAAAUGAACCAAUUCGUUGUGAAAAUGUUCAUACUGAUAAGAAAAAUUCAGUUUGGGUUAAACUGAACAAGAUUUAUUUAUAUGUGUCAAUAUGGUAAGCAGAGUAUUCAGUGGCUGGACCAUUAUAUUUUAUUCUUUUUUGCAAUGGGGAAAAAUAUCAAACUAUGAUAUUGAUGAAAAAGAACAUUGAAGAGAAAGAUCAAGUUCUGCAGCAUGUUUUUAAAAUCCUGAGGAAUAAUGUCAGAUCUUAUUAUUAUUAAAGAGUAUGCUGAUUUAGAAUGAGUUGCCGCUUUCCUGUUUUGUUCAUUAUGGCAAAAGGCUUUGAUCAGGUAUUUAAAACAUUUUUAUAAUACUUUUCCUAGCAGAAGACUGCAGAAUAUACUUCCUGAAACCAAGAAGUAAUGUAAAUGAUGCCUCAGCUCUGUAGCUGAGACUACUACAGAUUUUACAGGCCUGUUUAGCUAGAUUUUUAAUAAAGUACUGAAAACUUUUCCCAGUGGGAAGGGUUGCUUUCAGGAGGACUAAAUCAAUAAUCGUUUGUUUUUUUUUAAUGUGUUUAUAUAGGUUCCAUGGCAUAGGCAUAUCAAUAUUCAUUUUCAGUUUUAAUAAUAUCCCUCCUUUCCCAUGCAAUUGGUACAUAUUUAGGCACUUGGAAAAUAGUUUAGUAAAAGUUCAACUAGAACAAGAAAUGCUAGUUUACUUUCAGUACUAUCGGCACAGUGACAUAGUCUAGCAUUUCUGAUUUAGUAACUUGUUGAAUUUUUGUAAAUGGUAAGAUGAAAAUUAAACAGAGGUUUGUAGAUGACUGAAAAGAAUUGUUGUGCAUAGUGUUAGUUAUCAGUAACCUUUCAUUAAAUCUCUUACCUAAAUCACAGUUUAGGAUUUUUCUUCUCAUAUUCAUGUUUUAAGAAAAACAUUUAUUUGAUGUUCAGACCAACAUUCCUUCACUUUAUGACCUUCAAUCGUAAAUUUCCAGAAAGAUAAGUUCUAUUUCAAGGUAAAUGGUUUGAAUAUAAUUAAAGCUAUAAUUAACGGGUACCAGAAAUCAGUAUUUGUAAUAAUGGGAAGAGGAAGAGAGAAUUUGUUUAGCUAGUAGGUAUAGUAUGCAGCACUUCUGUUUUAUAGGCUAAGAAUACAAUAUGUAUAAAUGUUUUUAUAUUAUAAAUUUACCCUUUUAAAAUUAGGAACUAGGAUGUAAUUCAAAACUAUGUGCAUUGUCAGAAUCAUAAAAUAGGUUGAUUUUGUGUAGAUGUUUAUAAAAAUUGCUCUUUGGGCAUCAGGGGAAUAUUUUAAAAUGUGAUAGGUUGAAUGUUUGAGUUUCAUUGGUGGCAUUUCAGCAGUUACACACAAUCCAUUCAAAGAAAUAAAUAUUGAUUGCCUAUAAUAGCACAGGUUGUACUGACUUACUUAACUGUGUACUAGAAAAAAACUUCAUGGCCUCAUGUCAUGAAAAACAUUGAGGGUAUAUUCUAAAUUAACCUAGUAUGACGCAUCUGGAAUUAAGCUUAGUAAUAAAGGCUAUCAAUAUUUGCUGCUGCUAAGGUUUAAACCUUAAGUUAAACUGUGCCUACAAAGGUGUCUCUUUAGAAAAAAAAAACUGGAAAAUUAGUGGUUCAAAAGGUGUAGUUUUGCCAGAAGACUCAGGCCUGCAUGUGUGUCUCAGUUUUCUAUUUUCCUUGGAAGUGAGCUUCGAUAGCCAAAGUCCAGAGGUCAUGUAAAAUAAACUUUUUUUAAACUUCACUUCCAGUAUUUAUUGGAUUGGAAACAUAUUAGACCCCUUCUUUUAAACUCUUUAUGGGGCAAUAGUUUUUUUAUAUUUAGAUUUCUGGCUAUUGUACUUAGGGUGGGUUUUGUUUUUGUUUUUUUAAAAUCUUUAUCAUUACCUUCUGGUUUGACUUAAUCCAAAACAUUUAGUAAAUAUUAAGAAAUUGGUUCUGGAAAAAAAACUGGAUUUAUACUAAUUGAAUCUGAACAUGCAUUUAUAUAAAUAUUAUUACAACAUUCAGCAGAGAUCCCUUAGCAAACCUAAACAUCAUUUUACAAAUAUAAAAGUUAACUUUGAUCUGCUACAGAAUGUAAUAAUGAUGGCGAAGAGUCCUCACUGUGUGGCUCCUAUGGGAAUUCAUACCACAGCAUUCCAAUAUAUAAAUAAACAAAUACAGAGAUAACAAAAUUGAUAGGUUGCUUAUUUAUUUUGUACUGUUAAGGCAUGCAACUUAUACAAAGAUGCAAAAGCUGACAACUGUAUACAUUGAACAUUGGGUUCUACAGCUGUUACCUAUCAACUGUUCUGUGUGAAACAUUGUUCAUUUUUACCAAUACUGUAAUGUAUAUACUUGUACAGUCUUUUCCUUAACAUAGUUUUUAAAGUUGUGUUCUACUUUUCAUUAACCGAUAAUUGAUAUUAGUUCUUAGAGCUUUCUAUGGCAAAAAUAAAAAGUUUUAAUUCUAGAGAUGUGCAGAAUGUUUCUUUUCAAGGGCAAUCCACUUUUCUGAGACACUUUGUGUUUCUCAGCAACUGAUUUGUGGACCAGCGCCUGCCCCUGAGGUCUCCCUGACAAUUUAGGAAGACAGGAAACCAAUUCCUGGGAUCAAAAAGGUUGAGAAACACAGCUUUAGAUGAGUUAAUGUUGAUAAUUGUCUCAUGUAGGACUUUUUAAGGUAGCAGUGAAUUCUCAACAAAAUUUAUACAAUUUAGAAGUUUCUUUUAUUAAGCUGAAUUAGUUGAACAAUGGUGCAUAUUGUAAACUGCACAGUCUAAAAGCAUUUUGAGCCAGUAUGUGUUCUGCUUGACUUCUAAUUGGGUUGCACUGGUCUAGAAACUUCAGCUUCUUGUUGUCUUAUUCAGCUGAUGUAUUUCAGUUAACUCAUGGUGCAGCGACUUCAUAUUUAAUGAAGCUGCAAAUAAGUUAAUCUCUAAUUGGUUAUGGUUUGGAAUUUUUCCAUGUGCAGUUCUUGAGAUAAUUGAACCUUUGGUUGACAAAUUAUUAUUGAAAUGGGGUCUAAUUCUGCAACCCUUAAUAAGUAAUACUUUCUGGAGUAGACCCAAUAAACUCAAUGGGACUAUUUGCAUGAGUAAGUGCUAAGUACAAGUACUCCUGUUCUUUUUGUGGAUACAGACUAACACGGCUGCUACUCUGAAACUAAUCAGCAUAGUAAAACUGAUGUGGGGAAAGGAUUUGACAAGAAAAACAUAGCUACUCAGAAACUUGUCAAAAACUGUUUGGGGAGAGAAUAUCAGGAACAUUAGUAAAACAUCUCAUUCAUGUAGGGAUUGGACUUGUCCUGCUGGGGUCAACAGCAAAACUCCCACUGACAUGAGUGGUGCAGGAUCAAGCCCAGCAUAAUCUAUUUAAUUUAAUAUAAAAAUAAGUGAAUGGGAUACUGUACUUAUUACAUUAUUCACCUCUGUUUUAAAUCCUUCCAUUUUAAUGUUCUUCAGCAGAAUUUCUCUGUGUGAAAUCCUACAGAGGAUACAGAGCCUUGCACAUACUGGGUAGCACUUAUAAAUGUAACCCCCCUGAAAUCAAUGGAACUACUCAUGUGAAUAAGGAUUGCAGAACUGUAGUUACCACAACUAUAAAAUGCAUAGGAUACAUUUGUUCUUUCAACACAAUUUACAAAACCAGGGCUCAGUGACUUAACUGGGACUACCAAGGGUAGUAAGCACCAUGCCCAGUAAGGUUGGCAGUUCUGGGCCCUAAAAUAGGAAAUGCUGUUGCGGCUUUUUCUGUAGUUCCUAGUUACAUACAAGGAAUUUCAGUGUAAUGAUUGCAACACUAAUACUCAGAAAAGCUGCUAAAAUGUAAACUGCAACUUUGUAAAAAUUUUUAAAAAGUCACAGAGUUUUAUUUUACUUUUGUGAAGUAAUAAAAGAUACGUGUCAUAAUUUUUACAUUCGCAUAAGACAUUAUGGAUAGAGUGCAUAACAUUGCAUUUAUGUUCAACGUUUAUACUGUUGUUGAAGCAGAAGGAAAACAGCAAGUUGAACAGAAAAUCCCAAUAAUGCUUUUAAUGUUAAUGUUGAGCUGUCCUUUUAUAAUAAAUGUAAAGCAGCAAUGCAGCUUUUGCUUAAAUAUACCAGCAUAUAACAAUUAAUAAAAAGCUCAAAGGUUUGGAAAAAA